CAAAGAAUCUCCAUCGACCACCGUGAGAGCUUGCGAUCGCCUGUCCAUUCUCACAUCACACGAUCAUCCACAUACUGUAAUGAGCUACGCAAUGUCAAGCCAGUCCGCUGUGCAGGUGCGCUCGCUAUAUCGCCAACUCCUACGACAAUCAAGACAAUUCGCCGCAUACAAUUUCAGAGAAUACGCGACACGGAGGACGAAAGAUGCGUUUCGAGAACACAAGACGGUGACAGAUCAGGAGAAAGUGAAAGAGUUGUUGGAGAAGGGGCAGAAGGAAUUGCAGAUGUUGAAGAGACAAACAGUAGUGAGCCAAUUCUUCCAGCUCGAUCGGUUAGUAGUGGAAGGAGGAAAGGAAGGCCGACAGAAGGGUGGCCGCAACGACAUAGUCCGGCAGAAAGACCAAGGGUGGGACUGAGCGAGCUUAAUGUUACGAUAAUAGACACAAAAUCGGCACUUGCCAUGUACAGUAUCAUCUGACUCUGCAGGACUUCGCUUGGUCGUCUCUUUACUCAUUCGAUCACAACCACUUUGCUUCAUCGCUACCCAGCUUCUUUGGCAUGACCUCCCAACCAGGCUCUUUGCCCUCUACACUCGCCGAAUGUCGCACAGCG